UCCUAUUACAUCUUCAUGACACCAAGGAGAAGAGAGCCUUCAUAGCCCGUACACUUUGUUUCUUUCCAUUUGACAAAGGGACCAACUAUCUGCAAACUUGUGGUAAUUGGAAGAUACCAUGAAAACUUUUCUCACAUCCCUGCUGUGUGUUGCACUGAGUCAUCAGGGCCUCUGGAUCCUGGCAUUGGCAGGGAUCCUUUCUAAACCUACACUCAGAGCAGUUCCAAGCAAUGUGAUAACCACUGGAAACCAAGUGAGAUUCUUCUGUCAAGGGCCCUUAGAGGCCAAGGAAUAUCGUCUCUGCAAAGAAGGAAGUCCAGAUUGCUUGAUACCAACAACCCUAAUAGAAACCAAGAACUUGGCCAAAUUCUCUUUCACAUCAAUUGAAUGGAAUAAUGCAGGCCAAUAUAGGUGUGAAUAUAAAAGCCCCAAUGGCAAAAGAGAACACAGUGACUACCUGGAGCUGGUGGUGACAGGAGUUCACAACAGCAAUGUGACCCUGUCAGCCAUUCCCAGCCCAGUGGUGACUGCAGGAGGAAAUGUGACCCUUCAAUGUGUGUCACAACAUCCAUAUGACAGGUUCAUUCUGAUGAAGGAAGAUGAGAAGUUCUCCCCGGCUUUGCCCUCACAGAAUAUACACCCUGAGCUCUAUGGAGCCCUGUUCACAGUGGGUCCUGUGACCCCCAACCAGAGGUGGAGGUUCACAUGCUAUGGGUAUUACGAGAGCAGCUCCCAGAUGUGGUCGGUGCCCAGUCCCAACUUAGACCUUCUGGUCUCAGGGACCCUCCAGAAACCCACCAUCUCGGCUGAGCCGGGCUCUGUGAUCACCUCAGGGAAUCCUGUGACAAUCUGGUGUGAGGGAAUUAAGGAAACCCAAAUGUAUAUCCUGUAUAAAGAAGGAAGCCCACCAUCCUGGAACAGAUUAACUGCACCAGUGCCUGAUCACAAGGCCAAGUUUUUCAUCCCAUCCAUGAGAGAACACAAUGCAGGACGAUAUUACUGUUACUGUUAUACCUCUGCUGGGUGGACACAGCACAGUGACUCCCUGGAGCUGGUGGUGACAGGUGUCCACCAUGGCAAACCUACUCUGUCAGCUUUUCCCUGCCCUGUGUUGACCUCAGUUGGGAAUGUAACCCUUCAGUGUGUCUCAUCCAAAGGAUACAAUGUGUUCAUUUUGACUGGGGAAGAUCUGAAGUUCUCCAGGUCCCAAAAGUCACAGCUCAUAUACACUGGACAGUCCUUAGCUCUGUUUCCUGAGAUCUCCAUGACAUCCAGCAAGAGUGGUCCCUUCAGAUGUUAUGGAUACUAUACAAAUACAUCACAUGUGUGGUCAGAGGCCAGUGACCCUUUGGAGCUACAUUUCUCAGCCUCGCAGUCCCAGGAUCACACAGUGGAGAACCUCAUCCGGAUGGUCAUAGCUGGCUUGAUCCUCAUAGUUCUUGGGAUUGUGCUGUUUGAAGCUUGCCACAGCCAGAGAAGGUCCUUGAAUGCAUCCUAGAAGUGAAGAAGAGAGACAGCCAUAGUCCUUGCCUCGUGACCAAGUCUGGGAAAUAAAUUUGAGAAUAUCAGGUGUUAUUUACCAGAAGAUUCCAUGUUUAAUAUUGGGCAUCAGUUGUGAGAAAGGAUUCAGGAAAUAAAUUUAUUUUGGGUGCAGAAAAA